AUGGAUGACAUACUCUCCGUCGAAGUCACUCACUGGCAUGGCGCUCUAAACAAAGGCCCGCAUUCCAAUCUUUUCCCCUCUGGCAGACCCGAAAUAAAUGCCAGCAUUGAGAAGACUGAACAAGGAACCACCAUUUCAGCUGGUAAUCUAUCAGCAACAGUGUCCUCGAAGCCUCAUACCUUUGACAUCCGCUUCCACAGCAAGGACGGCAAGCACAAAUUAACCUCACUGUUGAAUCGUAGCGUAGGACUGGCUUAUGAUCCAGCAACCAGCAGUCCCAUGCAAACAGCAGAUAUGCGCGACAUCAAGCACUACAUCCUGACCCAGAGCACUCUAAGCGUAGGCGAACAAGUAUACGGACUAGGAGAACGCUUCGGUGCUCUCAACAAAGUGGGCCAAGCAAUCACACUCUGGAACGCCGAUGGUGGCACUUCUUCAGACCAAGCCUACAAAAACAUUCCCUUCUGGUUGAGUAACAAAGGCUAUGGUAUCUUCAUCGACGCAACCGAGAGAGUGGACUUGGAAGUUGGCAGUGAGCGAUGUUGCAGAGUACAAACUUCCGUCCAAGGCCAACGUCUAAAAUGGCACAUCAUCUACGGACCCUCCCCCAAAGACAUCCUAGACAAAUACACAACUUUAACCGGCAAACCUGCCAAAGUGCCCUCUUGGAGUUUUGGCUUGUGGCUAAGUACUUCCUUCACCACCGACUACGACGACAAAACCGUCUUGUCAUUCCUCGAAGGCAUGAAGUCUCGCGAUAUCCCUCUUCAAGUGUUCCAUUACGAUUGUUUCUGGCUACGCGCCUUCCACUGGUGCGAUUUUGUGUUUUCUCCCCACCACUUUCCAGACCCUAAAGCUAGUAUCUCUCGUCUCAAAGCUUCUGGACUCAUGAACAAGGUCUGCGUGUGGAUAAACCCCUACCUCGGCCAAGCCUCCNCCAUCUUCGCAGAAGCAGUUUCCAAAAACUACUUGCUCAAACGCAAAAACGGAGAUGUUUUUCAGUGGGAUCUUUGGCAGACUGGCAUGGGCAUCAUCGACUUUACAAACCCCGACGCUGUGGAAUGGUACACUUCAUGUUUGGAAAAACUGUUUGAUAUCGGUGUUGACAGUUUGAAGACGGAUUUUGGAGAGAGAAUACCUAGUAGAGAUGUGCAGUGGUUCGACACCUCUGUGGAUCCGGAANAAAUGCAUAAUUACUAUGCGUAUAUCUACAAUAAAGUGGUUUACGAGGCACUGCAGAAGAGAUAUGGGAAACAUGAAGCUGUGCUAUUUGCUCGUGCUGCUACGGCAGGGACUCAGCAGUUUCCUUUGCAGUGGGGAGGUGACUGCGAGAGCACCUUCGAAGCAAUGGCUGAAUCUCUGCGUGGUGGCCUGUCGCUGGGCAUGUGCGGAUUCUCCUUCUGGAGUGUCGAUAUUGGCGGCUUUGAGGGUACGCCAGACGCAGCAAUUUACAAGCGCUGGGUACAGUUUGGCCUCCUCUGCUCGCACUCAAGAUUGCACGGCAGCAACAGCUAUCGCGUUCCUUGGCUGGUGGACAACAACGAUGAGAGCGAGCAAGGGUGCAGCGCUGUGUUGAGGAAGUUUACGCAGUUGAAGUGCAGAUUGAUGCCAUACCUAUAUUCGACGGCUAUGGAGAGUAUCAAGCAUGGUUGGCCUGUCAGUGUGAGGGCCAUGGCAAUUGAGUUUCCAGAAGACAAAACGGCAUGGCUGUGUGAUCAGCAAUUCAUGCUGGGACCAAGUUUCUUGGUUGCGCCAGUAUUUGACGAAAGUGGAGAGGUGGAGUUCUAUCUGCCCGAGGGCAAGUGGACUAGCUUCUGGGAUGGCCAAGUUGUUGAAGGACCAAGAUGGGUCAAGGAGACUCAUCAAUUUGAUACGCUACCGCUGUAUGUCAGGGAAGGAUCUGUUCUGGUCCUUGGCAAGGAAGGGGAGAAGAGAACGACUUGGGACUGGAUCAAGGAUGUCGAGGUCAAGACCUUCUUCCCCAACGAGAGGUCGUCUUUCAAACUGGUAGACCCGGACAACAAAGAGCUGGCUACUAUCACCGUUAUCAAAGAUGGCAAUGAUUGGAAGGUCAAAGGCGCUGAGUUAUUGGCUUCAUGA